AUGGUUGAUGCCUUUGUGUCAUUUGCAAUUCAAAAACUGGGGGAUUUCCUCAUACAGGAAGUUUCCCUGCGUUUAAGUCUGAGAGAGGAUGUGCAGUGGCUGCGAAAUGAGCUGCUCUUCAUGCAGUCUUUCCUCAAAGAUGCAGAAGAAAAGCAAAGCGAAUAUCAAAGAGUUCAACAAUGGGUAUUUGAAAUCAACUCUGUUGCUAAUGACGCUGUCGCUACACUGGAGACUUACAACUUCGAGGCUGAUAAUGGUGGUGACGAUGGAUUUGCUAGUUGUCUCAAGGCUGGUGCUUGCAUAUGUAGGAAGGAGACCAAAUUCUACAAAGUCGUUUUGCUACUGGAAGUCGAACUGUUAGACUCAGAAGGAGCAGUGGGAACAGAUGGUGCAAUAGUUGAACCAGGUGAUGCAGUCGCAUGUUUGCAAAGGGUAAGGUCUGGUUUAGCACCACAAGCUUUUGCAAAAUCUAAAGCUUGA